CAAACCCCCAAUAUCAUCACCACCACACCACUCCCUCGCUGCUCACUCUUCCUCCUACCGCAAUGGCUUCGAGAUUGGCAAAGAGCGCCAUUGGCGCGGCCGCCCGUGUCCGUCCGGUCAUCACCUCCCGAACCAUCCCAGCGGCCUCAACCUCCUUCACAUCUACGCGCUCGGCUUCCAAUGUGCCCACCGAAGACCCCAAAACUAAGGCCCAGUCCAUAAUUGAUGCCCUGCCAGGCAAUAGCUUAGUGUCCAAAACUGCCAUCCUUUCUGCUGGUGCUGGUCUCUCCAUUGCCGCGAUCAGCAAUGAGCUUUAUGUUUUCAAUGAAGAGACUGUGGCUGCAUUCUGUCUCCUCAGUGUCUUUACUGCUGUAGCUAAGAUGGCUGGCCCCAUGUAUAAAGAAUGGGCUGAAACCCAGAUCCAAAAACAGAAGGAUAUCCUCAACGGUGCCAGAACAAACCACACCAAUGCGGUUAAAGAGAGAAUUGAGAAUGUCAAGCAAUUGAGCGGCGUUGUUGAGAUCACCAAGAACCUUUUUGAGGUGUCCAAGGAAACCGCCCGAUUGGAGGCUCAGGCCUAUGAAAUGGAGCAGCGCACUGCUCUCGCCGCUGAGGCUAAGAAGGUCCUCGACUCGUGGGUACAGUACGAGGGACAGGUCAAGGUCCGCCAACAGCACGAAUUGGCCCAGACCGUCAUCAGCAAGAUCCAGAAGGAAUUGGAGAACCCCAAGGUUCUUCAACAAAUUUUGCAACAAAGUGUGGCGGAUGUUGAGAGAAUCGUUUCUGCGAAGCCCUAGUAAAUCUUGGACAAUUUAUCUGACCUAGAGCUAGCUUCCUUUCAACUUCCGUGUACAAAAAUCCAAGAAUAUAAACCAUUGUUUUUUGCCAUUGAAAAUCGUUGUAUAGUACUUGCGAAUUUCACUUUCUGCAUGCUUGCUUACCAAUUGAAAUAACGAAUUGAAUGAUGACUGAAACACCAUCCCCUUGCACAUACGUAUUUCCUGCUGACGGUACACAGAAAAGCUACAAUUCACGAACCCUGAACGCGCCACUGGGAACCGGAAUUUGCGCGAGGCAAGGUGUCCGGCUGUCUAUGAACCUAGCAAACUCCAAAGCAAAAGGACGCUCGUGGAUAUUUCCGCUCAUUCCGGUACGAAUACAAGUAGCCAGUUCUGAACUGUAAGGUGAUGAUAUUUGCGCACCAAUGCCAAGGGCCCAGUGAGGCAGGCACAACAACUGGGCUAUCGCCGCAGUACGGUAGACAUCGCUACGUUCACCACAUAGAGGGUACUCCGGGGGGAACCAACCUGGGGCGCACACUGCCCUGCUGGUAGAACUCAAGUUAUUGAUGUCCUCCUUGUUGAUAGCGAGGCCGAAAUCACCCAACUUAACCGUUGGAUAUAUGGUCCUGUGGGAUGUGUUGGUUUGGAGAAAACAAUUAUCCGGUUUAAUAUCCCUGUGUAUGACAGGCAUCCAGCCUGUCAUGCGUCCUUGGCUGGGUCGGCGGAUGUUGGAUGGAUUGAGAAUGCCAUCAUGCAUCCAGCACAAUGCUGCGACUAAGCCAUACAGCACGUGCCACACGAAUGGCUCAGGAACAGCGAGGUUGGUGCCUUUCAUGUAUUUUAUGAAAUCGUGCAGGGUGCCCAUUUUGCAAUACUCGAGGUAUAAUUCGCCCUUCUCCGGCCCGAUGUCAGCUUCGAUGAUGCCGCAGAUGUUCCGAUGUCCUCGCAGUUUACGCAUGAGGGCUGCCUCUCGAUUCCAGUGGCGCGGCGUCGAUAGCUGGCCGAGGACGAGUCGCUUGCGAACACAAAUUAGUCGGUCUGAUCUACGCCUAACGAUGGCGAUGCCUGCAUUGAAGCCGCCGCCCACCCGGCCCAUCUCGACGAGCACAUCGUAUUUGUUGCUGACCAGCUCCAUAUGAAAGAGAUUGAUUCUACUGCGUAACAUUUUCGGUUGUCAAAAUUCCUUCGAUAGCGACUGUUGGACCAAUUCAAGGAAGGUUGAUAUGUUCGAUCCUGCGGCUUUGCUGGAGCUUGGUUUGGCGAUAUUGAUUGGUUGGGAGGAUGACUAUGGUGUGCAAAUAUGAGUACAGGAACGGAUAUAGGGUCAAUUUGUGAUAGUCAUUUGAGGAUAUCCUUGAUAACUUGCAAACUAGGAGUUGAUGUGAGCGCUUUGAAAAGCGAGCUAGAAGUUGAAAAACCGCCCUUGCUUCUUUUAUACGCAACAUUGUCGGGUCAAGGAUCAUCACAGGGUUGAAAAUUCAAUUCAAUAUGGGUUGAAUUGGGAAAUGGACUUCGUGGACACCACAAAAAAUUGUGUUAACUGCCUCUACUUGGUCACUGAGUCGAGGAAAAUGAGGCCUGGUUGGGAGUCGCUUGGGGUUCUCAAUAGCUCGAGAUUUGGUCCGGCUGUCUCCUGACCCAACGCCUAUCCUAACCCAGUAGUGAUCUUAGUGAUACGCAAGUGCAAUGAUUUCCUCGUCUCUCGAUUCGGUGACUCCUGGUGAGCUAGGAUGGGGAAAUUUUAUUGAGUUUCUAUAUCGAUGAUGAAGGGGAUGGGAAGUGAUAUAUUGGCCCAGGGACUGUGACCUUUUUCCUUUAGAGCAUUUAUGGCCAGAUAUUUGUGGAUUGUGUAAUAAUGAAAGAACCCUGCUGGGAGAGUAGAGUCAAGAAAUCAUAUAAUUCGGUUCAUUAAAUAAUACAGUUACUAGCUAUUUGGCAUUCCUGUA